UAUAGUGACACUGCUUAUAUAAACUCUCCGCUCAGAUCUCCAUCCAUCAGUCAAGAUGUCGCCGACGUUCCUCCUGGCAUUGAUGAUGGUUGUCUCUCAGAGUGGGUUGCUGUAUGCCCACGUGGCACUUUUAAACACGAACCCUUGGAUUAGGAAGUUCUCCAUCUGUGUUCCUCGCGAAGAAUAUGCCACCUGUGUUGUUCAGCCAGACCCAACAGCUCCUUACAAGGUUACUGGCACAGUAGACUUCUCUCAAACUGACUACUGCGGUUACUAUGGUGACCUGUUGAUCAGGGUCACUCUAAAGGGUUUCCCACGCUCUGACCCCGUGAAGGAUCAUGGCUUCCAUGUUCAUCAAUACGGUGACCUCUCUGACGGAUGCACAAGUACGGGAGGUCAUUACAAUCCCUUCAACAUGACUCACGGAGCUCCCUCUGAUGAGAAAAGACACGUGGGUGACUUCGGGAACAUGCCUGUUCAAGCUGGUCAAGUAAAUCAGUUCCGUCGUGACUGGAUGGCGACCAUUUUUGGCCGGUACUCCAUAAUUGGCAGAGCAAUAGUGGUUCACGCAGGAACUGAUGACCUCGGUAGAGGUGGGGACCCUUCCAGCAAAGAAAACGGAAAUGCUGGAUCCAGAGUGGCCUGCUGUGUCAUUGGGCGUGGAGUAAAAUGAAGUGCCGCAGACAACCAAUAACUGGUGUAUUCCGAAUAAACUGUCGAUAUCUCUUGAAUACUGAAUACCAACACUGUACCGGAACAAUAUAUACAUGGUGCUAUCUGAAUGGUUGAAGAUAGCACCAUAAAGAUAUCUCGUAGUCGUUUUACACUAUACGUAUGCAUUAUGUUUUUCAUAUAAUUCUUUCUCUCAGUCCCACUUUUGAACAAAUAAUAUGAAGGUUGUUUUUCCUCUACAUACUCAACAUAAUCACUUCCAUAUGCAGUGGUCCCGGGUGGUUAAAAUGAACCAUGACGUCACAGAUGUAUCACCAGUUGCGUCUAUACUGUUGCAUUGAUCAGAGCAAAACAAUAUCACGGGACACUUACCUUAGUCUGUAUGUACAGUAUAAUAUAACAGCUUAAUAUGUAUAUAAAACAAAUCUGUAUGUCAAUAAAAUGAUAUAUCAUA